AUGGUAAGCGUUGAAAGUGGCUUGCUGCAGCUUAUGCUUGCAUCGCCCCCUAGCACACAAUACUGGCUGAUUGGGACUGAUUUUCACGCCAUCAACAUGAUUCCUUUAAUUCCAAUUGAAGAAGCCAAAGCAUUGAUUCCUGGAGGUCUUGAUGUUCUGGGCCAAUUUUACUCUUCUGACCAGAUGGCUGACUAUUUGAAGAUAAGCCGAGACCUGAAUAUGAAUCCUGCGAUGUACAUUGUUAAGCAGAAUGAAAUUUGCAUAAGCUACAUAGUUGAAGGGCCACUUUUAUCACAGAAAGACAUUUCUGCAAGAGAAGCUCCUCAAUUCACAGUCUUGUUUUCUCAUUCUGUCUUGCCAGUCUUUAGUUUAACACAGCCGAAUUGUUUUUCUUAUAUCAACCGAACAGUCUUAUUUCAGUUUGGAAGCCAAUAUGUGGAGCUUUCAAAUGAGCCGACUUGAAAUUCGCUCGGAAUAAAAGGCCAAAGCUUAAAUCCUGUACAAAUCCUUUAUAAAUUGACAGAAGAAGGCGAUGGAAAUGCUCCAUUGUUAGAAAUUUUGCCGCAGACGAGGUCUUAUUCUCUUGACAUUUCCUGAUGCAGCGCAUUCAAGGAAUCUAAAAGUUUGGUGGAUGCUCUUGAAAUUCAUCUUGACAAGCUAAAAGAAAUUGCAAUGUAUAUCAUAAACUGCUUGAAAGAAAAUCCGACAAAGUCCGCUUCUUGCUACUGCUUUUACAAUGACUAUUGCAGCCACCCUUUUAACGUCGUCUACUUAUUUAAUGAAUGGGAAGAAGAAGGCGAAGAACUCCUAGCUCAAAGGAGAAGAAUUCAUGAGCUGCUUAGGUUUCCCCUAGACUGGCCUCUGGUUAGAAGCUACUGUACAAUAACUGAGCCUCAAGGACUUAGGGAUAUUCAUCUUCCUCUGCUUAAAAGGACUUCAAAAGAUGUCGGCACAAAGUAUUGUGUGAGAGGCCACUAUUCUUAUUUUCAUUACUCUCAGGAUGGAUUCGAUGAUAGAGGCUGGGGCUGCGCCUAUAGAAGCUUGCAGACCUUGAUUUCGUGGAUCCGUGAGCAAAAGUUUAUUUCAAAAGAAAUCCCAUCACAUUAUCAGAUUCAAAAAAUACUUGAAGAGGCUGGAGACAAGCCAAAAGAAUUUAUAGGCAGCAAAGAGUGGAUCGGAGCAUUUGAAGUCAUGCUCAUUCUUGAUCUUUACUGUGGGAUUACCUGCAAAAUCAUGAACUUAGCAUCUGGAGGUUAAUGAUAUUUUUUGGUCGUGAUUUUUCCUCAACAGACAUAUCCUAGAUACAUUUGUUCAAAAGUUGUUUUUCGUCAGGCAUUUGCCUGCUAUUUUUUGACCAAAGUGACUGACUAGAAAAAUUUCAACUAAUUGACACCAAAAAUGGCUUCAAGAGCAAAUGUCCCCAAGGAAAAAUAAUGCAUUCUGGAGCUGAAUUCUCCUCAAAAGGAAGGGAACUUGCAGCGCAUUUUACUGAUGAAGGAAGCCCUGUAAUGAUAGGAGGAGGUGUUUUAGCUUACACCCUUCUAGGUGUAGAUUAUAACGAAGACACUGGCGACACCCGCUUUUUAAUUCUCGAUCCUCACUACACAGGAGCAGAUGUCCCGAAAACUAUCCUGGACAAAGGAUGGUGCGCUUGGAAAAGUGCUGAUAUUUUUAGGCAAGACUCCUUCUACAACCUUUGCCUGCCCCAAAGACCCAGAUACAUUUAA